UCACAAAUUUCACUAGUUAUUGACUCAUUGAAGAAGAAGGUUGACGCUGACCGUGGUGUGUAUAUCAUGAAAAGAAUGGAAGAGAACCAGAUUAAAUUGGCUGAAUUCACUAACAACCAUCACAGGUUUUCAAAUGAAAGGAGUAAGAUCAAAAUUGCAGGUGAACCAGUCGAUUUAUUGACACAAAGAGCGACGGAGGCAAUUGCUAUGCAAAAUGGAGUUGAUGUAAGCUUCUGCAGUAGCUCUCAGGAAGAUAAAAAGACUUCGGUAAUUCUCUUAGGAUCUGGCAUUGCAGUCAAGAAUUCUGUUCGGCCUACCGGUCUUCCAAAAGUGGAAAAACUACCUCCUUAUACCACAUGGAUUUUCUUGGAUAGAAAUCAAAGGAUGGCAGAAGAUCAAUCUGUAGUAGGUCGUAGGAGGAUUUAUUAUGACCGAAAUGGGGGUGAAGCUCUAAUCUGCAGUGAUAGCGAGGAAGAAGCGAUUGAUGAAGAAGAGGACAAUAAUGAGUUUGUUGAAUCUGAAGAUUACAUUAUCUGUAUGACCAUUAAACAGGUUGGAUCAUCUGAUAUUGUCUAUGAUACACUGGCCAAACGCUUAUCGAGAAAGCCUGCCGAACUUAAGGCAAGAUAUGAAGCACUUGUUGGUAAUGAAAUUGCUAUAGAAAGCUCGAAAUCUGAGGACACUAAUUUUAUGAGCUCUUUUCUUGAUAAAAGUCUUGAAGAAGUUCAGGAUUCAUAUGACAAUCUAUUUUGCCGCAGAUGCUUGAUAUUUGAUUGUAAAUUACAUGGCUGUUCACAGGAGCUUAUAUUUCCUGCGGUAAAACCAUCACGGAAUGAGACGAAUGAAGAAAAUGUCCCUUGUGGCCCAGAUUGUUAUCUCCAGGUCCAAAAGUUGGAGGACAUUGUAGGUACAUCUCCAUUGCAGAUUAAUACUGAAGAAACUGCUACCCUACAAAAGUUGGGGUCUCUAUCAUCACUACUCAAAAAAGGCAAGAAAACUAGCUCAUCCUCACCCAAGUCAAAAUCCUUGAAUACUAGAAGGCCUAGGAGAAAAGACUGUAUUGUUUCUCCAGAUUUUGAAUCAUGGAGAACUUUAGAGAAGGAUCUUUUUCGAAAGGGUCUGGAGAUCUUCGGGCGGAACAGCUGUUUAAUAGCUAGGAAUCUUAUGGGGGAAUUAAAGACAUGUGUCGAAGUGUUUCAUGUCUUGAAGAAUUAUGAAAAUAAGCCAUCUUCUACAGAUAGCAACAACAGAAAUUCUGUAGAGGAUGGUUCCAAUGUUGAGAGUAAUGAGAAUAUGGGUACCACACUAAGAACAACAUCCAAAGUCUUACGCAGAAGAAGUAAAGUUCGUCGUUUAAAACAGUCAUGGAAGUCUGCUGGGUACCCUUUGAUGAGAAAACGUAUUUCUGAGAAAAAGGAUUUGCCAUGUCGUCAAUACAAUCCCUGUGGGUGUCAAUCUAUAUGUCGAGAUGAUUGUUGCUGCCUUAUAAGUGGGACUACUUGUGAGAAAUACUGCGGAUGCCCGAGAACGUGCAAGAUUCGUUUUAGGGGGUGCCACUGCGCCAAGAGCCAGUGCCGGAGUCGGCAAUGCCCUUGCUUUGCAGCUAACAGGGAAUGUGACCCAGAUGUAUGCCGACAUUGUUGGAUUAGUUGUGGUGAUGGCACUCUUGGUACUCCUGGCCAUAAAGGUGACAACUACGAAUGCAGGAAUAUGAAGCUUCUCCUCAGACAACAACAAAGGGUGUUGCUAGGAAAAUCUGAGGUCUCAGGCUGGGGUGCUUUCUUAAAGGAUAGUGUACCCAAACAUGAAUAUCUGGGUGAAUACACUGGAGAAUUGAUCUCACAUCACGAAGCUGACAAGCGUGGAAAGAUCUAUGAUCGGGAAAAUUCUUCAUUUCUCUUCAACCUUAAUGACCAAUUCGUUCUUGAUGCACACCGGAAGGGUGAUAAACUGAAAUUCGCCAAUCAUUCUCCCAAUCCUAAUUGUUAUGCAAAGGUGAUGAUGGUGGCGGGAGAUCACCGAGUCGGCAUAUUUGCAAAAGAGAGGAUCACAGCUGGGGAGGAGCUUUUUUAUGAUUACCGUUAUGAACCUGAUAGAGCUCCUGCUUGGGCAAAGAAGCCCGGAGACCCUGGUUUAAAGAAAGUGGAUACUAUCUCUAGUGGCCGGGCCAAGAAGAUAGCUUGAGUAAAGGAUUUAGUUUCACCUUAUUAGUUCAAAAGUUUUUGGUCCUUUUCUUACAUAGAAUGUACAUUUGGCUAAUCUUUAAUGUAGAAGCCGUUAUCAUCAUCUUGACAUUGCCAUAACUUGCGUAGCAUGUGUAUAUAGAUAUGCAUAUUACCGGAGCAGGAAGUUGUAAUUUAAGACCCAUAUUAUCUUUGAAAGAUGAAUUUGCAUGCUAUCAA